GUGUAUCAAAUACUUGUUCUCCCCACUGUACAUUGAAUACAGUGAUCACCACGGGAUGUAUAGAAUUAGAAUACAUAAAAUUAGAAUUCACUCCAACGGUUCUAGAAUUAUUUUAAUUCGAUGGGAUUCUAUGUUCCCCUGAUCCAGUAGCAGUGGGGUCUGAGCAGUGGGUGUGUUCCAGAGAGAACACACCCACCACAUGGCCAGCAUCCAGGCUGAGAUCAAGAGCCUUCACAGGGAGGUAGAGGGGCAGAGAAGCUCCCAGGAACCAAAGGCUGCUCCCACCUCCACCCCUGUUCCCUGCCCCGCCAGCCAUGCAUCAUCCCCUGGCCCAGAUGCAUGCUCCUCCAGCCCUGACCCAGCCCAGGCCCCAUUCCUCUCCCUACGACCCUGCGGCUGGUUUUGUGGUCUUCUAUGACCUGGUGCUGGGGUUAGAUGCCAUGCUGAGGGUUCUGCGUCUAGUGCCUGGUCUCUACUCUGGGGGCCAGGAGGUGGGGCGUCCUAAUCCACUGCUCCCUGUGCAGUGCCAGCUUGGAGGGGGUCUGCCUUACUCCCACACUGUGCCCCCCGGGAACUAUGCCCCACUGGCAGUCAAACAGCCUAUGCCCAGGAUGCAGCCGUCUCCCUCCUUGUCUUUGAUGGUUGAGCUCCAGGCUGCUGAGGGCCUGGACGCCUACYGUCAGGAGGUCCAGAGGCUGGUGUCCAAGGGCUGGGCACGGCUGGAGCUCUUCGACCAGCACAACUAGUUCCAGAGCGGGUACUCGAGGGUCCCAGUACGUGCCCUCCUUGUCCGACCCUUCCUCAGCCCAGGCCAGCUCAACUCAGUUCCCAAGGUGAGGGUAGACACCUGUCUGGCUGACUGCUAGUGGUUAGAAUUAAGUUGGAUUGGAAUAUCCAUUCUACGUAAUGAUGGCUUAAAAUUACAAAGAAUAUCAUUACAGGUGAUGACAUAGGCUACAGUUGAAAUCGGAAGUUUACCUACACUUAGGUUGGAGUCAUUAAAACUUGUUUUUCAACCACUACACAAAUUUCUCCACAAGUUUUGGUUUCCAAUCUCCCUGCAACUCUUCAAGGAAACACACCCCUUACCAUGUCAACAUUACAGCUGUCAGCAGCCAGUUAAUUUCACUGAUCACAAGGACCCUCCCCCAUGGAGGAACCAAAUCAGAGGUGAGAAAGAGAGAUGUUGUGGGAUGGAAUCUCUUCCUCACCUCUGAUGAUGAUGAUGACUAUGAUGAUUGAAGCAUUUGGUAAUCAGUAAAGGAAUACUAAUUCAGUCCGGAGAGUUGUGUGACUUAAUUUGAUCCCUUCCAUUGAUUGUUGUAAGUCAAAUCAAAUGUUAUUGGUCGCAUUCACAUAUUUAGCAGAUGUUAUUGUGGGUGUA